AUGCCCCUUACAUUGGUGGUCAUUGGGAAGAAUGUCCUUUACAUUGGAGGUCAGUGGGAAGAAUGUCCCUUACAUUGGAGGUCAGUGGGAAGAAUGCCCCUUACAUUGGAGGUCAGUGGGAAGAAUGUACCUUACAUUGGUGGUCAUUGGGAAGAAUGUCCUUUACAUUGGAGGUCAGUGGGAAGAAUGUCCCUUACAUUGGUGGCCAGUGGGAAGAAUGUCCCUUAUAUUGGUCGUCAGUGGGAAGAAUGUCCCUUACAAUGGAGGUCAGUGAGAAGAAUGUCCCUUACAUUGAUGCUCAGUGGGAAGAAUGUCCCUUACAUUGGUGGUCAGUGGGAAGAAUGUCCCUUAAAUUGGUGGUCAGUGGGAAGAAUGUCCAUUACAUUGAUGCUCAGUGGGAAGAAUGUCCCUUACAUUGGUGGUCAGUGGGAAGAAUGUCCCUUACAUUGAUGCUCAGUGGGAAGAAUGUCCCUUACAUUGGUGGUCAGUGGGAAGAAUGUCCCUUACAUUGGUGGUCAGUGGGAAGAAUGUCCCUCACAUUGGAGGUUAGUGGGACGAAUGCUUCUUAGAUUGGUGGUCAGUAAUUUGAAUGCCCCCCUUACAGUGGUUGUCAUGUUGCCACCUUUAGGCAGGCAAUGCAUUUAUGCGACUCUCUUUCAUUCAACCAAAGGUUGUUGAUGGGGGAAUUCCUCCUGGAGCGCCAUUGUG